CCUAAACCAUCCUCCAACCUCGUCUUUUAGUUACCUACCCAUCUCAGUAGAUUGCGACAGCUUCAUCCCAAUUACCGACAUACAGAAAUUCUCUAUCGCAGCACCCCAGUUGAUCUCAAUCUCGAAUUCUAACGAUGUCUCUCAAGGGUCCCUCUCCGCAACACCACGAUGGCUCUGGCCUGCGCAUCGGCAUUGUCCACGCUCGUUGGAACUCAACCAUCAUCGACCCUCUUGUGACCGGUGCCAAGGAGAAGCUCCUCGCAGCUGGUGUUAAGGAGUCCAAUAUUGUCACCCAAUCUUGCCCUGGCUCCUGGGAGCUCCCCAUUGCCGUCCAGCGCCUGUUCUCCGCCUCUCAGAUCCAGGGUACCUCGACUGGCGGUCCUUCGGCAACCGAUCUUCUGGCUUCAUCCACUACCGAUCUCACCUCUCUUCCCGCCUCCUCUGGCGCCUUUGAUGCCAUCAUCGCUGUCGGCGUUCUAAUCAAGGGAGAGACCAUGCACUUUGAGUACAUUGCCGAGUCAACUUGCCAGGGCCUUAUGCGCGUGCAGCUCGACACUGGCGUUCCCGUCAUUCUUGGUGUCUUGACCGUUCUGACCGAGGACCAAGCGAAGGCUCGUGCCGGUGUCGACGGUAAGGGCCACAACCAUGGAGAGGAUUGGGGUCUGGCGGCUGUCGAGAUGGGUGUCAAGAGAAAGGAGUGGGCCAACGGCACCAUUGAUGGUUAGAACAGCAAUGUGCAUGACAAAUGAUAAAAUAUCACAUUUUGGACAAGGCGUGGAUAACCUUGGCGCUCGUCAACGGAUCGAUGAAAGCAUGACUUGGGCCACAGAUGAAUACCAUUCCGAAAAUGACCUCCCAAUUAGUCAAUUACCGCAUAAAGAUGUAUCUAUCAUGCGCCAGUCUCAGUCCUAAUGAG